CACCACAUUAAGCAUCACUCGUCAAUUACAUCCAUCAUAGACGUACAAUGGCUAGGUACUCGCUUCUAUUUGCAGCAGCAGGACUCCUCCUCCUUGUGACCAUGGCAGAGGCUACCACCAAAACCAUCUUCACCACCAUCACCACCUUCGAGGAGAACCCCACGGGAAAAAGAACUGAAAUGUCUUGUGGUCAGCAGCUGGCUGAGCAGGCGAUGCUCAACCACUGCAUGAUGUACCUUGACACUGCCUCAGGAAUGAGCAUGGGACGAGGGAGGAUGUCUGAGCCAAUUACCCCAGAACAGCACCUGGAGCUGUGUUGCAUGCAGCUAACGAACAUCGAUGAGACGUGCAGGUGUGAGGCCAUCGAGAUGAUGAUGAACCAACAAGGGUGGACGCAACAACAGAUGGGUAAGAUGAUGGGCAUGGCGAAGAACUUGCCCAAAACAUGCAAAGUCGAACCUGGAAUGUGCAAAAUGCGAGCCCUCUGGUUCUAAAUUCACAUGCCAUUUAAGUGGUCCGUAGUUAAUAAAAUGAGACUCACUAUCACACCAUCGUGUGUACCUAUGUAAUAUAUUCGAUCGGAUGUCUCGAUAUUUAAUAAAUUGUGGACUUAUUCCUUUUA